AUGGCUACCAGAACGCAGACGCUGCGCGACCGUCAAAUAGCGUCCAUCGAGCGAAUACUAAGCCUCAACCACGAUGCGCCAGUUGCCGAAGGUGCCAGCAAAGACCCGAGCACCGGGCAAUACCAGAUCGAUGCCUUACUGAACGAAGAAGGCGAGCCAGUGUGGAAGGUCCUGGUGUUCGACAACCUUGGACGCGAUGUCAUUAGCAGUGUACUCCGAGUCAACGAUCUACGCAGUAAGGGGAUCACCAUUCACCUUAACAUAAACUCGACCCGAUUUCCCAUUCCCGAUGUGCCAGUGUUAUAUCUGGUGGAGCCGACAGCUGUCAACAUACAGCUCAUAUGCUCUGACCUAGCCCGAGGCCUAUACUCGCCAGCCUAUGUCAAUUUCAUCUCCUCGGUACCCCGAACAAUUCUCGAAGACUUCGCUGCGCAGAUUGCGUCGACAAAUACUGCUGAGAGCAUCGCGCAGGUCUAUGACCAAUAUCUAAAUUUCAUCGUUGCAGAACCAGAUUUGUUUAGUCUGGGAAUGGGAAAAGAGUCCUACUGGACCUUUAACAGCGCAAAAAUCGAGGAGGCUGUGCAAGAUGCGGCCAUUGACAAGAUUGUCAGUGGCCUUUUCUCGGUCAGUGUCACAAUGGGUGCGGUACCCAUCAUUCGCUGUCCGCAGACCGAGUUGGCGAAGAUGAUUGCAACAAAGCUGGACCGGAAAUUGCGGGACCACGUUCUCAACUCGAAAGACAACCUCUUCACCAAACAACAAAGCAACACCUAUGCCACGCCGUCGAGGCCGGUAUUGGUUAUAUUGGAUCGGAAUGUCGAUUUGGUCCCAAUGCUGUCUCACUCGUGGACAUAUCAAUCUCUGGUUCAUGAUGUGCUCAAAAUGCAUCUCAACAGAAUCACCGUGGAAGUGUCAGAUGAGCAAAAUCCUGAGGCGAAACCUCGGUCUUACGACUUGAAUGCUUCAGACUUCUUUUGGGCGCGGAACGCAAGCGCGCCUUUCCCCCAAGUUGCGGAAGACAUCGACAAAGAGAUUACAAAAUACCAAUCAGACGCCGAAGAGGUGACCAAGAAAACCGGUGUUAAUAGCAUUGAAGAUCUCGACGACUCUUCGGCAUCUGCCGCACAGUUGAAAGCUGCCAUAACAUUACUGCCCGAGUUGCGCGAGCGGAAAGCCACUCUUGACAUGCACAUGAACAUCGCCACGGCGCUUCUGAAGGGGAUCAAGGACCGUCAGCUGGACAACUUCUUUCAGAUUGAGGAGGAUAUCACGAAGCAGAAUGGUAAUGAAGUCCUCGCUUUAAUCAAGGCCGCUGACAAAGGUGCGAAUCCUCUCGACAAGUUGCGCCUUUUUAUCAUCUGGUACUUAUCAGUUGAUCGGGAGCCCACGAAAACCGAGCUAGCCGAGUUCGAAGCGGCUCUGAAGGAGGCCGGAUGCACAGAGACGGUGGCGGCCAUCAAACACAUCUCGAACGUGCGACUCGAGACUCGAGGUACCAUGAUGACUUCGAGCGUCUCAUCUCAACCACAACAAUCAGCCGCGCCCCUUUUUGGAGGCUUAUCAUCGCUGUCGAAGAAUUUUACGGACAAGCUGGCCUCCAACAUUCCAGGUGUUAAUGUAAACCUUGAUUCUUUGCUAUCGGGUGUCAAGAACUUAAUGCCAGCAAACAAGGAUCUUACUGUCACCAAGAUCGUUGAGUCCAUCAUGGAUCCACCUGCAGCUUCGUCAUCUGCUAUCGCCAUGACGGAGAACUAUCUUUACUUUGACCCACGAAGUGCGCAUGCCCGAGGUACCACCGGCGUGCCAGGAUCUGCCUCACGACCUGGCACAGCACAAGGCGGCGCCGGUGGUGCGCAGCCUAGCUUUGGGCAACGGAGACAAGGCUAUACGGAGGCUAUUGUUUUCACUAUCGGUGGUGGUAGUAUGGACGAAUACGGAAAUUUGCAAGAGUGGGUGAAGCGGACGACCGCACAAGGACAUGGUGGGAGCGGUGUUACGGCAAAGACUAGACGGGUCGUAUAUGGCAGUACAGAAUUGGUAAAUGGCGAGGACUUUUUGGGCGAGCUGGUGAGAUUGGGGUCCGAAGGCUGA